AUGGGGAAAUGGUACGACAAACGAGAUGUUGCAAUGUUGUCUACCAAACAUGGUAUUGAAAUUAUCGAUACAGGCAAAAAGAAUCGAAAUGAUGAACCGAUUUUAAAACUACAAAUAAUUAUAGACUACAACUCUGGAAAGGCAGGGAUAGACUUAUCCGACCAAUUAUCAAGUUAUAAUUCACCGAUACGUAAAUCAAUACGAUGGUACCAUAAAGUGGCCACUGAAAUUAUAUUAGAUGAACUGUUAGGAUUAGAUCAAUUAACCAACAUAUCUGAAGAGCCGUCUAAUUCAAAUAAUAAACGUAAAAGAGUCAAACAUGUUUUUGAAGAAUCUGUAGAAAGGGACCAUAGGAACACGAAAAUCAGAAAAAUAUGCUUACACUGUUACUCACAUAAAACCACAGUUUUAGGUUCAAAGUCAGCUGCACUUGCAACCAAAAAG